UGGGUUUUGUUUACAAGUCACGCGAAUAAUUUAAAGUUGGAGUAAAAUAAAUUAAUUAAUUCUAAUGUUUAACGGCAAUCUCAUACAAACAUAGUGUUUAAAAUGCAAUGAAGGAUGUCUGAAGAUAAACGAGUAUCAAAAGCCGAUUACAUAAUAGCUCAAUUGAAUGUUCAAUCGGCAAAAAAGUUGUGUUUUCUUGUUACAUUCUUUUUCAUUCUUUACCAUUCUAUAAUUCACCUAAAGUUUGGCAAUGAUUCAUGUAAAUUCAUAUUAGAGGACCUUGGACGGUUUAAAGGGGACCGAGAGUGGCAACCUUUUGGAUGUAUGAUUCAUAAAUAUACACAGUCAGAUACUCGAAGAUGCAAUAAACUUAUUGCGUUUCUAGGAAAGGAUAAUAACUUUCUCUUCUUGGGCGAUAGUAGACUGAAAGAGCUUUAUGAAGGCUUCAUAACUCAUUUUAAAGAGUCAAAAGAAACGAGUGAGAACGAAUCAUCAAAUAAUCGCGAAUAUGUAGACUUUAAGCUACGUUUAAGAGUUAAUUAUGUUCCAACAUAUGAUCUCAAAUCUAUGCUUAAUCAAUUUGAACAUCUUGAGAAAGACGUUGAUCCACCAAAGUUUAUUAUAGUAAGCUCCAAAUUCAUCCAUUUAAAUCCAAAGGGACGGAAUGAAAAUUAUACAAAGGAACUCGAGAAAUCGUUUAUCAAGAACUUGACAUUGCUAAUUACACCUAUUGACAAUUUAGUUAAGAAACAAACGAAAGUUUUAUGGAAACUUCAAGAUCCAAUUGAUGAUAGUUUAACAGAUCGUCAAUAUGACUGGAAAGGCAUAACUAAUUCAGACAUAAAUCACUUCAAUCGAAUAAUUUCAGACACUAUAAAAUACUCAAAUGUUCAGAUUUGGCGAUCUUCCACUCAAAUUGCUCUUGGUUUACAAGAUGAAAUGCAGAAUGGCGUUAAACUCGGUCCAAUUGCAUUAAAGCAUGACAUUCAAAUUAUGCUGAAUAUUUACUGCAAUGAUAAUAUGAAUUAUAAUGAUGGCACUUGUUGCAGUACGUCUGAAAAUUAUACAAUGCUUCAGAUUAUUACGUAUUCAGUAUUUUUGGUAUGUUCUACUCUGAUGAUUGCACUUAAGCUCAAGAGAUGGGUUUUGAGAUUUCGUGGACACACACUGUAUAUGCCAUUACAGCAACAAGACACAAAUCAACCGGUGAAUAUGCAAUCAAACAAAUUCAGUGAAGCAAUUGAAUCACUUGGAAUACUAGGAAUCAUCAUGGUUUAUUUCUUCCUUUGCGACCGUACAUCAUUUUUCAUGAAGGAGAACAAAUAUUAUUCGGAGUUCUCAUUUUGGAUUCCUGUAUUUUGGCUCUCAGCUUUUGGGCUGUUCUUCACAGAAGACAGCAAAUUUACGAGAGUCUUGCAUCGCGAUCAAACUGAUGAAAUGAAAGGAUUUAUGAUUAUUGUAGUGCUGGUUUAUUUCAUGACUGGAGCGACUCCAAUUCCAAUUUAUUUCCUGACAAAAGUUUUCAUCAGUACGUUUUUAUUUCUCAUUGGAUAUCAGCAUUUUUCAUAUUUUUGGAUUACUGGAAAUAAUAGCAUUUCAAGAUACAUAACUGUCAUGUUUAGGAUUAACUUUAUGACGAUAAUUUUAUGCUUUGCUAUGAAUCGUCCAUACCAAUUUUAUUUUUUCGCACCACUCGUCUCAUUUUGGUUCAGCAUAACUUACAUCACAUUCUCAUUACCACCAUUUAUAUCAGCACAAACUGUCGAGAACAAUUCUUAUCAAUAUUUAUAUUUAGUCAUUAAGUUUAUAUGCUUAGUAAGUGUGAUUACGAUCCUUUAUAUGUCGGAAGUAUUUUUCGAAAGGAUCUUCUUAAUGAGAGCAUGGAGGGCAUUAUUUGUGAGCACUGACGAUUUAAUGAAUGAAUGGUGGUACAGAUUUAAAUUGGACAGGUACUCAACGGCUUAUGGAAUCAUAUUUUCAUCAAUUCUUAUUGCGGCACAGAAGUUUAACAUAUUUGAUGACAGUAAUCACGGAAAUUUAUUCUCAAGAAGAAUCUCACUUUCAUCGACCUUAAUAGCUAUAGCUGGAAUUGGAUUUUAUACAACAUUUACUUUUUUCUGUAAGAAUAAGCAGGACUGUGAAGAGAUUCAUCCAUAUGUUGUCUUUAUUCCCAUCGUCAGUUUCAUAAUAUUGAGGAAUAUAUCUGGAUUUCUACGAACUCGAUUUUCAACUUUCUUCAGUUGGUUCGGAAAAAUCUCAUUGGAACUGUUCAUUUGCAUGCAUCACAUUUGGCUAGCUGCUGAUCGUCAUGGAGUUUUAGUUUUACUUCCCGGAUUUCCAACUCUUAAUAUUAUUUUAACAUCCAUCAUAUUCGUUUGCAUUAGCCACGAAAUUCAUCGACUCACGCAGAUUCUCGUUACUUUUGCUGUUCCAGACAACUGGAAAUUAGCUGUAAGAAACUUGGUUCUAUUUCUCAUCAUUCUUUUCAAGAUUGAUCAAAAUUUUUGACUUGCUUAUGUACCCAAAAAGUUAAUAAAAUAUAAAUUAUUUUAAAUCUGAA